CUGGUCUCUACCUUAGUUUUGGGCAAUUUUGGUCGCAUUGUCGCAUUCUGCUCCCUCAUGGGGCUUCCCUAAUCAUUCUUUACUUCUCAAUGAUUUCUAGAGCGGUGCGAGUGCCGCGUAUUCGCCUGGCAUGCAGGUUUGGCUUAAUAACACAACGCAGCACUGGACUGGGCUUCCGACCAAGUCCAGUCCAUGACGGCCUGGCACGACGAUUAUAUACAUCCGAACUUGGAAAUGCAGGGGAGAAUAAGGUUGAGCCUUUUAUAACAGAUACGGACGCUUCGAAAAUAAAGCCGAAAGAAGAGAAAUUGGACGAAGAGCCAAAGGUUUCACCUACAGGGUCAGAAGACGCGACACCGGCUCCGAAUCUUCCCUCCUCCACCGACGUCGACUCUGAGCCAACUAGUAGCUCCGAGGAACCUCACUUAGACGAGGACCCGAUCUCCAAAUCUGAGUUCGACGCAAAGGCAUCUCCUGGCGAUGAGACAUUCCCGGAGAAGCCAAUUGACGAUGCACAAGCAAUACUGGACGGUGCACUGGACGAAUCCCCAUCACAACCGCGAUUGUCAAGAUAUGUUUUACCUGACCUGCCCGACUUCCCCAGAUCGUCGUCAAGACAUUCACCUAGCUCCGAACAGUAUGCGCUGGACGACCUUUUGGGAGAAUCGCAGAAGCCAGGGAUCGAGGUAUCUGCACUACCUGAACUAGAAGCCCAAGAUGUUGGGGACGAGCUCAUGCCUUUGCCAAAGAGACGCCUCUACGAUCGUCUUAUGCACGAUGAAUCGCUUGGAGUCUCUACUCUGGGAAUGCCAGCUGAUGCCAUUAUCAUCAACAAUCCGAAUAGGACACGCAUCGAGCGGCCAGCCCCCACCGUGAUGGAAGCGAAACCUAUAGAAAACACAGAUCUUGACUGGGAAAAUUUGACUCCUUCCGAAAUGACAGAGCCUGAAUCUGAAGAGAUAUUCAAGAAUAUCGACGAACUUUGCCCCGUGAGUCGUAUUUUGCGUCUAACUGAUAUCGACAAGCUCGUCAACACUCUUUGCGACGGUUUCACAGUCACUCAGCUACGGGAGUAUCACAGUGUUCGCAAGCCACAACCCAGGGAUCAUGACAUGGUAAAAUACGAGUGGAUAGAACAGAUUGUACCAUGGACAUCAAUGAACUCGGUUCGACUGCGUGGCAAUGAUAAGGCCACUCUUGCUCAGAAGAUCGUGUUGGAUAAAUGGAAGAUCGAGGUUCAGGAACAUGCGGACGAUCUUGGAAAAGCGUUUAUUUGGAUGGAUCCUGACAUCUUCCCCUUUCUCACAUAUGGCCCCAACAACAUAGGUCGUCUACUCUGGGAGCUCAGAAGAGAUUUCGUAGUCGGCGAAGACGAGAAGUUAACACUGCAUACCCCAAAAUGCCGCCUCAAUAUUACAGCGAAGAAGUCGACUACUUACGGUAUCCUCGCUCACAUCGACCAGGCCGUGCAGAGGAUGAAGAGCCGGGUUAUCGACGUUGCCCCUCUUCUCCCGAAGACUCGAUCAGUAGCCCUGACGCCGACAGAGCGCAAGGAGCUCGGCCGGCUAACCAAGACUUCAAUCACGCCUGUAAGGCAUGGCUCCCAGGAGAAGUUGCGCGUCUCCUGGAUGCCCCAGCCUGACGAGCCUCCAACCGAGACAGAAGACCUUGCAGACACAGUAUUCCGCUUAAUCGUUGGCCGUGUCGUCCCGGGCGCGGACCACGGUGUCCUCCAGUGUCUUCCGCGAUCGGACGACCAAGACCUAGUCACUGGCCAGCCCGUCCCUGUACAACGCCAGGCUCGGGCUAUGUCGUGGAGAGACAAGCUCCAGAAGUGGCUGAGAAUUGUAGCACCCAUCAGCAAGAACACUCAAAACACUCCACCGCUAGGGCUGUCCUCCGAAUCAGCGAUUCCCGAAGAGAAAUGUCCUCGCACUGGAAAUGUAGACGCUACUACAGCAACGUUUGGCCAUAUCCUACACCAACGCGCUAGCACUUCGAUGAAGGAACUCUACCGCAAACGCCGCAUCCUAGCCCCCCUUACACCUCAUCCCGCUGCUUUCUCCGCCCUCAAACCCGACAACGACUUGCCCCUAAAGGAGACUACUUCCAUUGUUAUGCACCUUUCGCCUCAUUUCGAUUCUUCAAAGAGUCCAGUAACGGAUCCUAAGAAGAAACUCCCUGCAGAUCCUGCUGUCUAUAUUACCAUCCCCGUCCACCCUCAGGCUGAUCUCGACAACUUCAAGAUCCCCGACGACGUAACCGCCCACAUUUAUGUGCCCUGGCACAACAGCGACGUGCUGCUUCCUACAGAGGCUGUAGAUGUCCGCCUUGAGCACAAGCGCUCCCAUACUCUCCCAAUAACUCACCCAGGCAUGAAGAGUUUCUUUGAGAAAUCGCAACUCAACCUUCGUGAAGGUCAACUUCGAACACCGAGCCAGGCCAUGCUCAGGGUUCCAGGAUCAUGGUUGCGAGGAAGUGGCAGCGGCAGAAUGAACACCGAGAAAAGAGACGUUCUUUACGACUUCCGUGGAACUGAGAUCCAUCAGACCGUGGAAAUGCCUUGGAAUGGCCACACACUGCGCUACUCUAGCAUCGAGGCUGGACAGCACGGCGGCCAACGCCAGGAGAUUACACUCCAGGCUGGUUUACCAGGCGAGAACCCAGUUGCUUUCAAGGAUGAGAGACGUGUAGGCUUUUUACAGCUGGUCGAGGACAUGGCCACUGGAAAAUGCUUCUCCUGGUCUGAAGGCUACAAAUCCAUCAAGAGCCACCAGCUAGAAGAUUUCAGUUACAAUCUGUUUGAAGAGGAUCUCCCUGAGGACGUUAUUGUCGACAACGAAAAGUUUGAUUCGCGCGGUCGCGUCAAUCGAUACAGACCAGCUACGAGCGGAGACAGUGACAAGCCUGAUCCGCGUGGCCGCUUGAAUCAACAUAAGUCAGCCAUCGAGAUGGGCAAUGAUAGGUUUGAUUCGCGUGGUCGUGUCGGUGAGCGUGAGUCAGCCACGAAGGCGAACGGUGGCAAGCUUGAAAUCCGUGGUUGUGUGAAUGAACGCACGUCUGGCCCAAAGCCAAAGACAGGAGCUCCAGUUGAGAUCUUUGACGACAUAGAGGCAUUGUUUGCGGCGGAGGGCCAGACUUUUGAGCUCAACCCCGACAAUACACCCAAGCCUGACGAGCAACAGCUUGACGAGACCAAAUUUGACGAGAAAGUGUCUGAUGAGAAAUAUCCCGAUCCUAUCGCCAAAAGGAAAGCGACAGAUAAUCUCAUGAGUUUCCUCGACGAGUACGCCAGCCCUAAGGCCUUUGUGAGUGAAGACAACAAGAAGCUCUACGGCAUCGAUGCUGCCUACCACCACAAGAAGUCAAGGACGAGCGUUCCUAAGGAUACUUCUCCGAUCGACAAAUUGCCAGAUUUGCCAGAAUUUCCAGAAGCCACGCCCCCGAAACCUAACAACAACUUGCCAGAUUUAUCAGAAUUGCUAGAAGACAAGGCCACACCCCCAAAACCUCAAAAGGAAGAUGUUGCAACUAAAAAAGAGAAGACUCGCAAAAAGGUCCAGAGUGAGUACUUCGCAACCAAGGAGCCAGUACCCAAGCCCAAAGCAACGCCAAAGAAAUUAGCAACUACCAGGAAAGCCAAGGACAAGCCAAGCAAAUAUACCCUCCCAGAGCUACAGAAACCCGCCACAAUGUCAGAUGCAGAUGCAUUUGCUGCUCAGUUCGCCAGACGAGCGACUUCAGAGAACAGAGGGAAGGACCAAAAUAGUGUCAUUGGGUUCUUCGACACCCUUCCAAACGAGAAGCCUGCUAAAAGGCAGCCCGCUCAGAAAAAGAAAACGUCUACUUCAAAGAGAAAACAACCGACAUCGAGUAACUCGAAACGCAAAAGGCUUUGAACCGCUCUCAAAUGAAGUGUUUGAACAUGCUACGACCGAAACGAUGUCAGGAGUACGAACAAGGACGAUCAUUCAUGAGGCUUGUGUGUCACUCUCUUGCGCCUCUGUUUCUCUACAGCGCCAUGCUGGUCGUGACUUGCAACGUUAUACAUGAGGAAAUCGUAAAGAUUGCGAGAGGCAGCUUUGGAUACGCAGAAGAAAAAGGAAAAGAUACUAUUGUAUACUAAAAUAGCAUGUAUAUCAUAUGUAACAUCAUUAUUAGACGAAUAUAUAGAGGAAAGGGGCAUUAUGUAUCAUUACACACCAAAAAUACAACAUCAACAAUAAAUCACGGUACAGUGCACACUGCAUCACUGUGAUCGCCACACACACUGAACCAUCCGCCUGAACGAACUACUGACGCUCUAAGGAUCUGCUUCAACUUACAGGUAAUCCAAGUCAAUCAAUUGAGCAGAAAUUACAUCACGAGAAGCUUCAUUUGCAGCAGUCACACAUCACAUCACAAGCAUCAUAGGUAGGAACAAGAAACUUUUGCACGAAUCACUUCUAGACUCUCUAUUCUUUUUUUGAUUUGCACACAACCGAGAUCCUGGCCUUUUUUCUUUGCCUCUCAUUAUGUGCCCCCAGACAAAAGCCGAGUGCUCAUGCCAACAUGAUCAUUUCGUCGUAGAAGCGAGUACAUCAGCCCUUGGGCGUGAGAUCGAGGUCGUAAGAUCCCACUGAAGGUUGUCAUUUCAGAAAUAAGUUGCUUAUUUCUUGGCGGCCUUGGCAGCGGACUUGGUGACCUUGCCGGCAGCACCGCUGGACUUCUCGACGGCCUUGAUGACACCGACGGCGACAGUCUGUCGCAUGUCACGGACGGCGAAACGACCCAGAGGAGGGUAGUCAGUGAAAGCCUCAACACACAUGGGCUUGGAGGGAACCAUCUUGACGAUGGCGGAGUCACCAGACUUGAUGAACUUGGGGGCGGCCUCAGUGGCCUUACCGGUUCGGCGGUCGAUCUUCUCCUGGAUCUCGGCGAACUUGCAGGCAAUGUGGGCAGUGUGGCAAUCGAGGACGGGAGCGUAACCAGCACCGACCUGACCGGGGUGGUUGAGGACGAUGACCUGGGCGGUGAAAGAAGCGGCACCCAUAGGGGGGUCGUUCUUGGAGUCACCAGCGACGUUACCACGUCGGAUGUCCUUGACGGAGACGUUCUUCACGUUGAAACCAACGUUGUCACCGGGCUGGCCCUCAGUGAGCUGCUCGUGGUGCAUCUCGACGGACUUGACUUCAGUGGUGACGUUGGAAGGAGCGAAGGUAACGACCAUACCGGGCUUGAUGACACCAGUCUCGAUACGGCCGACGGGAACCGUUCCAAUACCACCGAUCUUGUAGACAUCCUGGAGGGGAAGACGGAGGGGCUUGUCAACGGGACGCUUGGGGGGCUCGAUGGAGUCAAUGGCCUCGAGGAGGGUCUUGCCACUGAGCUUGCCGGACUUGAUCUCACGCUCCCAACCCUUGUACCAGGGGCAGUUGGUGGAGGGGGUAAGCAUGUUGUCACCGUUGAAACCGGAGAUGGGGACGAAAGCGACAGCCUUGGGGUUGUAGCCGACCUUCUUGAUGAAAGAGGAGGUCUCCUUGAUGAUCUCCUGGUAACGGGCCUCAGACCACUUGGUGGUGUCCAUCUUGUUGAUGGCGACAAUGAGGUUCUUGACACCAAGGGUGUAGGCAAGAAGAGCGUGCUCACGGGUCUGACCAUCCUUGGAAAUACCAGCCUCGAACUCACCAGUACCGGCGGCAAUGAUGAGAAUGGCGCAAUCGGCCUGGGAAGUACCAGUGAUCAUGUUCUUGAU